UUACAUGGGGCUUAUGUGUGAAAAAACACUAUGCAAGCCAACAGUAGCAAGUCUCUGCUAUUUCGUUUGCAUUCGCGACAGGUAGACUGCAGGAGAUGGAAAUGAGUUGUUUAAAAAUAAUUGUUAGAACUGAUAGGUCUAUGGUUAUAAAUAUAAACAUUCCGUCAUAUAUGGCGCACAUGUUAGUUAAAGCAAGAGUUUCACCACGAGUGUUAUUUAAAGCAAGGGUGCAAGUUUGUUGGUCAAUAGAUUAAAAUAUUGUUCGUUGCAUUGGACCUUUCCAAAUCUGUCUAAAAUAUAAAGGAGCAGGUUUGUCAUAAAAUAUUAACACCAGAUCCAUUGCCUUUGUCGUGAAACGCACUUCUCAUUCGACACGUUGUUACAAGCGCUCUGUACGUCUCUAAAGUUCGCAGUAAUUUUAAGGACAGUCAUCCGAAACCUGGAUGGGCUGAAGGUUUAUUGCAAAAAGGAUUUACCAAAACUUAGAUAAGUUUACAUCCAGUCAUGCUAAGAAAACUGUACAGGACCGAGUAAGACUGCAUGAGGUGUAAACCUAUUAGUAUACAUUUAUUAGGGACAACCCUAAGCAUGUAGGGAGAAAUGCUUCGUGUCAGGUAAAAUAUGCCACAGUCGCGCCAAUAGAACAGAUAUACACAGGACGAUGCUCACGUUGCAACAAUUCAGGCUCCCGGGGACAGGAUACACACUCAUGUUUUUUAUCUCGGCUAUUGUAUAGAACAGAUUGAUGCCCAUGGUUUGUCUGCAUUUAAGCAGGCACAUGAACGAGGCAAUUAUCCGACACUAUUAUUACUGGUCAUGUUAUCAGACGCCUAUGGCAUGAUGCGGUGAAUCAAAUCAAGCAAGCUACAGCGUUGGCCGAAUGGCAGAAAACAGAGAUAAGACACCGGACUGCAAACUGGCCUUCCACGAAGAAGCCGACUCGCUACCCUAUCGUGCUGAUUAUUCAAAGGAAAGCGACUGGAGACAGCAUUACAGAAUCGACAAGAGAUACGCAAUGAACGUUGCUGUAACUCAAUCCCUCCCGAGUUCAAACCAUCACCACGAGCAGAUUCCUUCUCAUCCAACCUUCAUGAAAAGUGAGGAAGAAGAAAGGACUUCUCCAUUCGCUCAAUCCAGUGGACCCGAACAUCCAGAUGAAGAAGAAGAAGAAAAAGUGCUUGAAGAACCUACAAGUCCGGAAAAUCUAAUUUAUCGGACAGAGAAUGUUCGUACGAGUUCAACUGAAGACGAUAUGAUGAACUUAUCGCAAGGUGGGGACAAAGAGACGUUGCAAAACAGAAACACAGGGGAGCAGACUAACGAUGAACAUGGAGUGAAAAGUUUGAACGAUUCAGACGACGAAGGGCGAGAACUGGACGAAAUAAAAGACCAAGUUCGGAUGCUACAACAACAGCAGAUGUAUCAGGUUCAAAUGCUCAAUUUCCUACAUUUGCAGCUUACAGUGAUUGCGUCGAACCCACAAGCAGCAACACGCAACCAACCGCCUAUAUUUCCCUCGUCUGGCAUGCCAGGAGUUAACGGUUUUCAGCUGCAAAAUAUGCAGCAGUUGUUAGCCGCUGCCGCCUCAAUGUCAGGGACUCAUACGCCGGGAAACAAUUUACUGCCGUCAGUUGCUGCGGCCAUUGGCCGUCAUUUCAAUGCAAAUAAUACUUCGGUGGAAAAAUUAAGCGAAACAGUUUCUCAGCUGCCCAAAGCUAAAGAUCUUGAAAUGGAAAUGAACGAAGCUUUGCAGCAAGAGAGUAGAACGAAGAAUGGAGAGGAGGAAAACGCGUUUUAUGGAGGAAGGAUUGGAAACCCUCAAGAGCCACCCCUUUACCGGAACUGCUCCGGGAUGAACAGCGAUCCCAAUCAACCUGGAGGGGGUUAUGGGACUGCUGAAGAAUCGCUUAGCAGGAGGUCGUGUCGCUUCUGCCAGAAGGUUUUCGGUAGCGAGAGUGCGCUGCAGAUUCAUCUGCGUUCACACACAGGCGAACGGCCGUUCAAAUGCAACAUCUGCGCAAAUCGCUUCUCAACAAAGGGGAAUCUAAAAGUCCAUUUUUCUCGGCACCAAGAAAAAUAUCCUCACAUUGAAAUGAAUGCCAACCCCAUACCUGAAUACUUAGACAACGUCCCUACGAGCUCUGGCAUUCCGUACGGCAUGUCAAUUAUCCCGGAUUUCACAGAGGUUCCAGACCCCGACACCGCUCUUCCAGUGCCAGUACCUGACAAACACAUCCCCCCACCUUUAAUACACAAGUCUGAUAUUCUUCCAGCUCUCUACAGGCCCAUUGAAACACAGAGUUCUGUGAAUACAAAUGCAACAAAAGAUCUCUCACAUCAAGACACAACCUCGAACACAAACGACCGACAGGCCAGCUUCGACCAACCUAAAGAAGAAAGGAGCAACAACGACGAUCAAAGCGCUGGCUUCCCUUACAUACAACACGGGUCAAAGUCUUCAUCUGACAUGGAGAACCAAUAUAACAGUUCAAGAAUACUACACCAGUCAUCGUCACCGCCAAGUUUUGCUCUUCCCCGCCACAUGAGCGAGGGAUCCCGGCCAACCUAUGAUGAAGAGCCGAGCAAAAGGCAAAAUGCUCCUUCUGAGACAUCGAAACUACAACAACUGGUUGACCAAAUCGACAAGGGGAAGGAACUGGAAAAGAACGAGUGCCAUAUUUGCCAUCGAGUUCUAAGCUGCCAAAGCGCUCUCAAACUGCACUACAGAACGCACACAGGCGAAAGACCAUACAAGUGCGACCUAUGCUCACGGGCUUUCACUACUCGAGGAAACUUGCGUACCCAUUACAGCAGCGUUCAUAGACAACAACUACGUUCAUCUCCUCCCACCAACCCCUCAGUUAUGCGUGGUGUGUCACUACAAUGCCCAUUGUGCGGGAGCCGGUUUAUGGACCAGCAGUCAAUGCGACAACACAUGCAAAUGCAUCUGUACAUGCACAGUCAGCAACAACAACAAGUUGCUCAUUUCCUACACGGUCGCCACAGCGAGGGACAAAUACCUUUAGCGUUUGGAGGCAAAUUCCCUCCCAGUAUUGGUGAAAACGACAUCCGCAUGCCGGACCAAAUAACUGAGAUCGAGAAUCAGCCUUUGAACCGAGGCGCCGAUACAUCAGAGCCAAGCGACGACGUUUUCGAAGAAAGGUCUCCGGAUCGCGAAACCUUUUCGGAACCCGACGACAGAGUAGUUCCCGUUGGUUCUCCGCAUUUGCGGCAUGAAUCUGAAGAACGUGUAAACCGCGAGCAAGAACCUAGCUCUCUAUCCCCACCUGACGGUAAAGGAAGUGAGCGUCUACCGCUGCCUGGCACAAGCGACAGCAUCGUGACCAAACCGCUUACCUCAGGGAUAUCAGCUCUCGACCUGACGCGCUCCAACUCCAACUCACCCGGUGUAAUCACCUCAUCAAUGUACUCUAAUGCGGGAAUGAUGGGACACGACAACCAUCGCCCAUCUUCUCAAUCGCCACCUCAACUUGCAUCCAACUCACUGAACGCUCUUGCGCACCUCGCGUCGAACAGCGCCAUAAUGCGGCCAAGCGGAAUGCCACUAAUGAACGUGCGGAACCCGCUAGAGGGCGAAAUGCGGGCAAGAAAGAUGACGACAUCGUGUGAGAUUUGCAACAAACCAUUCACCUGCCAAAGCGCGUUAGAGAUACAUUUACGAAUUCAUACAAAGGAAAGACCAUACUUGUGCCGAGUUUGCGAGCGAGGGUUUACCACCAAAGGUAACCUAAAGCAACAUUUACUAACACACAAUAUCAACGAGGUGGACGACGACCUACUGGAGCCGGUUGAAACCUCUCCUAUAACUGCUAACUCGAAUUCAAACAGUCCUGUAAACUCGCCCGCUACCAUCGUUAAUUCAAACCAACAAGCAUUACAAAGAAAGCGUCCAAGCGAAAGUAGCGACGGCCAAUCAACAGCAAAGCGGACCUAUCCUAGACAUUGGUGCCAUAUAUGCCAGAAACAGUUUUCAUCGGCUAGUUCACUACAGAUACACAACAGAACACAUACAGGCGAAAAGCCGUUUGCUUGCAGCGUAUGUGGACGAGCAUUUACAACCAAAGGAAACCUAAAGGUCCAUAUGGGCACGCACGUCUGGGGAGCAGGGGGUUCACGGCGCGGUAGACGUAUCUCGAUGGACAACCCAUUAAUUUCACCCUGGAUGCAAAAUACUUCGAACUCUAGCUCUAACCCACCAAGUCAAGCUAUAAGACCGAGACCAGCAGCUCCCCCAAUACCAGCUGUGCCAGACCCUGCCCUAAUCUACCAGCAAUACGCGGCGCUUGCUUCAGGAUUGAUCGGGGCGAAGGCAUCAGCAGAGUCGAGGUUUCAUGCGAACGGGAUGCUUAAUCUUCACAAUGCAGCUGCAGCUAGAUUACUUUUGCCGCAUCCGAAUGGUCAUGUUCCGCCAUCUUCUGUUGGUGCACAAAUGGGACACCAUGUACCAACGGCAGGGGAGCAUGUGAAGGGGAAUGAGAGAUCUAAUAAUAUUGCUGCUGCGUCAGAAUGGAUUUGGAAAGCUUACCAAAGAACACAAGAACAGGUGAAUUAAAAGUACAAGAACCAAACCUAACCACGAAACAAGAUAUGACUUCGACAUCAACGUAUUAUUUCUUCACUCUUAUAUAUACCACCUGAAAGAAUUCUUCAAAUACGAGAAAAACGUUAUCUUAUGUACUCAAAAUACCUUGCUUGUCGUCUAGUAUAUUGUAUAGAUAGAUUUUAGUCCUUUUUUGUGUACGUAAGCUGCGAGUAGUGAUGCAGUAAUAUUAUACUUGCGCUAGACAGAGUAGUUUGAAGCUUUACCGAGAGUUGUACUUGCAAUAACCUAACUUUUUUAAUUGCUGCUAUACCUACUGAGAGGCAGCCUCGAUAAAACACUGUAGCAAGUUCAUGUUAUUGUUGUUGUGUGGGCGCUGAACGAAACUUGUCGUGCCGUGGAGUUUUGUGCGUUGUAUAUAUUCUAGUCAAAUGUGAUAAGCCAAUGAAUGUCAUUUAACUGUCAUUGUCGACACUGCGGUUAUAAUAAACUAAGACAAAACUGAA